AGUAAGGAGAAAGGAGGAUUAGGUGUUCCGGAUUUGCGUCGGAGAAAUUGGGCGCUUUUAGGGAAAUGGUGGUAUAGGUUAGGGGAUGGAAGGGAGGGGUUGUGGAAAAGGGUAGUGAAAGAGAAAUUUUACGAGGGUAAGCAAGAGGUGGGUAUGAUUGAUGUGGUGAAUUUAAGGGUGUCGCAGAUUUGGGGAGACAUUAUUAGAAUAGGUGGGAAAUCAGAGAAGCUCAAAAAUAUGUUAAGGCAUGGGUUCCGGUGGGAGGUGGGGGAGGGUUGUCGGGUGUGCUUUUGGAGAGAUAUUUGGGUGGGGAAUAAAUCUCUAAGAGAUUUAUUUCCAAGGCUUUUUCAAUUAGCUAUCAACAAGGAAGGUACGGUCAAGGAGAAUGGUUUAUGGGAAGGAGAAAGGUGGAAAUGGGAUAUAGAGUGGAGGAGAGAGAGGAUGGGACGUGAAAAAGAUGAGGAGCAAGGGUUGGGGGUGGUGUUGGCGAGUAUAAAGUUAAGGAAGGGAUUGGCAGAUUUAUGGAAAUGGAGGCAUGAUGUAGAAGGGAGGUAUGUAGUCAAGAUAGCAUAUGAAUUUUUAGCUCCUGAGGAACGUUUGCUUGAGGGACAAUUAUGCAAAUUAAUAUGGUGUAAGCUGGUGCCUUCAAAAGUGGGGUUUUUUGGGUGGAGGUUGUGUCUAGACAGGCUUCCAACAAGAUCGAAUUUGUGGAAGAGAGGGGUGGUGUUACAAGGGGAUGGUAUGGUGUGUGGGCUUUGCAAAGAGGGAGUGGAGGAUGUUAAUCAUUUGUUUUGCACAUGUAAAGUAGCUUGGUUAGUAUGGGUGAAGGUGAUUAAAUGGUGGGGUGUGGAGGUAGUAAUGCCGGGUAUAGUGCGAGGUGUGGUGGAUUUUUCUUGUGGUGUUUGGGUAGUGUGGUGGGCAAGGAGUUGGGAGCAUGCAUUUUUUUGGUCACCUCUUGGUAUUUAUGGUUCUAGCGGAAUAUGUUGGUAUUUAGGAAUAAUGGGGAGUUGAAAGAGCAAUUGCUGGAGUUAAUUCAAGUGAAGUCUUAUUUAUGGAUUAGAAAUAAGGUGAAUGGGUGUGUUUUUUCAUUAGUUUAGUGGCAAAGUAAUCCUAAGGAAUGUGCAAAGGAGCUGAAGAGUUUCAAGAGAUCUCUCAAAUUGUUCACUAAGCAACAGCAAAAUCAUCGUCCCAAUUAGAGGGCAUUGGCUGUAUGGAUUUAUUCACGGAAGGCUGUUCACGGAAGUGGUAAUCUGGUCUUUAGUUUGAUUGCUUGGGUUGUCAUCAUGGUUCUGUGCGGGAGUUCCCUUUUUUUGUUUUUAUUGGGUGAUUUAGCAUUUUAUUCUCUUUGUAGAAGGGCAAAAGUACCCCUUGUACUCCAUUAAAUAAAAUUUUGUUUUGCUG